UACAGUAGUAGGAUUUGUAAAUACACAGACCGUACCGGUGAAGGUAUCACGACUGUGGGUGAUUUGCGGAGCUCAGACCGGCUCACCGUCAAACUGCUGACUCGAAACACUAAACAUGGUCCGUUUUAACGAAUGGACGUCCGUGGGAAGCGCGUCUCACUCAGACAGGAACACCGCACGGGAUUUAAAGCGUUUAUAGAGGGGAUUCGCGAUGACGGUUCCGGUGAAUGGGUUUUAGUAUGCGAAUUAAAUGGCUGUGAUCAGAUCAUGGCUUGCUUUAAACGCGUAUCGUGUGAUUGAUUACCGACUGUGAUUGUAGAGCGAAGGGCUUUCGGCUGACCCGCCGUUUGUUUGCUGGAAACACUGAUUCAACAGCACAGCGAAUCAAGAUGACAGUGGAAAAUACAACUAUCAAAAGUCGGAUUAAAAAUCUGCUACGGUCACCUUCCAUCAAAUUGAGAAGAAGUAAAGCUGGCAACAACAAAGAGAAUCUCAGUAAUAAGGUGACGUUGGAGAAAGUUCUAGGAAUCACUUCUGCUGGGAGUCGUGCUUUGGCGUGUGACCCGCACUCAGGACUAAUUGCCUACCCUGCCGGGUGUGUGGUGGUGCUACUGAACCCUAAGAAGAACAAACAGCAUCAUAUCAUCAAUAGCUCCCGGAAGACCAUCACUACGGUUUCCUUCUCUCCAGAUGGCAAAUAUGUGGUCACAGGCGAGAGUGGUCAUAUGCCGGCGGUGCGUGUCUGGGACGUGGCAGAGAGGACGCAGGUGGCCGAGUUACAGGAACAUAAAUACGGCGUGGCAUGUGUCUCUUUCUCCCCCAACAGUAAAUAUAUCGUCAGUGUGGGAUAUCAGCACGACAUGAUCGUCAACGUCUGGGCCUGGAAGAAAAAUGUUGUGGUCGCCGCCAACAAGGUGUCCAGUAAAGUGACGGCUGUGUCUUUCUCAGAUGACAGCUCGUACUUUGUUACAGCUGGAAACCGACACGUCAAGUUCUGGUAUCUUGACCACACCAAAUCAUCCAAGGUGAACGCCACAGUGCCAUUAUCAGGCCGCUCUGGUCUUCUGGGAGAGCUAAGGAAUAACUUCUUCAGCGAUGUUGCGUGUGGAAAAGGCCGAAAAGCGAGCAGUACAUUCUGCAUCACUACGUCUGGGCUGCUCUGUGAGUUCAACGACAAAAGAAUGCUGGACAAGUGGGUGGAGCUCAGGAAAAAUGACAGUUUCGCAACCAGUAUGGCCACGUCUCUGUCGGUCUGCGAGGAUCUGAUCUUCUGUGGUUGUGCUGAUGGGACUGUGAGAGCCUUCACCCCCACUGACCUGCACUUUAUCUGUACCCUUCCUCAUCCUCACAGUCUGGGUACAGACAUCGCCACGCUCACUGAGGCCAGCCACCUGUUCUCCUACAAGCAGAAUGUGCGUUAUCCUGAUGCUGUGGCCGUGUCUUAUGACCCCAGCAGCCGAUGGCUCUCCUGCGUCUAUAAUGAUCACAGUCUGUAUGUCUGGGACGUCCGGGACCUGCGGAAAGUGGGCAAGGUUUACUCUGCUCUCUACCAUUCGUCCUGCGUGUGGAGUGUUGAGGUUUACCCAGAGUCGAGGGAUGGAGAGCAGCCGCGUUUGUCUCCUGGAUCCUUCCUCAGCUGUUCAUCUGACAACACCAUCCGUUUGUGGCACACAGACGCCCAAAACACCAGCCUCAGCCGAAACGUCAUCAGCAAUGAUCUCCAGAAGAUCAUUUACAUGGACAGCAACACCUCCACCCUGCUGGACACGGACUGCACCAUCUCCAGUAACUCUGAGAAGGUGGACCCGCAGACCUCGGAGAACCGUACAGGCAUCAGGACCAUGUGUGUGAGUCCAGACGGGCUGCAUCUGGCAUCAGGAGACCGUAACGGCACACUGAGAAUCCAUGAUUUGGAGAGCAUGGAGGAGAUUCUAGACGUUCAAGCCCACGACUCUGAAAUCUUGUGUUUGGAGUACUCCAAACCUGAGACUGGGCUGAAACUGUUGGCCACGGCUAGCCGAGACAGACUGAUCCAUAUUCUGGAUGCGGAUAAGGAAUACAGCCUGCUGCAAACACUGGAUGAACACUCUUCCUCCAUCACUGCUGUCCGGUUUGCUGCUAAUGAAGGAAAAGUCCGAAUGAUCAGUUGUGGUGCUGAUAAGAGCAUCUACUUCCGCACGGCACAGAAGACUGAGGAGGGAACAGCGUUCACACGUACUCAUCACAUAGUGAGGAAGACUACGCUGUACGACAUGGACAUCGACCCCACGCGGAAGUAUGCUGUUAUUGGCUGUCAGGAUCGCAGCAUCAGGAUCUUUAACAUCGGCAAUGGCAAACAGAAGAAGGUCUACAAGGGAUCCCAAGGGGAGGACGGGACCGUUAUCAAGGUUCAGACAGAUCCAUCUGGUCUCUAUGUUGCCACAAGCUGCUCAGACAAAAACAUCAGCAUCUUCGACUUCUACACUGGAGAAUGUGUGGCCACCAUGUUCGGCCAUUCUGAGGUUGUAACGGGAAUGAAGUUUACUAAUGACUGCAGACAUCUGAUAACUGUGUCUGGAGACAGCUGUAUCUUUGUGUGGCGGCUCUCUCCUGAGUUGACCAUCAAUAUGAGACAACGGCUCUCAGACCUGAAGCAGAACAGCAGACCUGUACAGAAGACUCCUCCAAACAAACAACACACACUUAGUGCAAGGAAAGAAAUCCACAGCGCCCCAGUCAUUGGCACCAUGUCGUCUGACAGCGACAAAGAUGUGGAAGAGGAAGAAGGCAUUGAGGAGGAAGAUGAGAUGUUCCCUCACUUAUCAUCGGGCAGCAGUGCUGGUGAGGACACAGGAUCUUCUGAAGAAAAGCACAAUAGUCUCAACUCCCACAUGAAGAAGCAAUCCAGCAGCUCUGAACAUGAGAGUUCAGGUUCACGGCCGAGACGGCGCUGGUCCAGGCGAAUGGGCAGUAUCGAUCUGAAAGUCAAAUCCAUGUUGGACCUGAGACAGCUGGAGUCUUUCGCCAUGCCCCUGUUCCCCAGCAAAUCCCAUGAUGCUCCGAAAAACCCUCCAGCACCUAAGAAUCAAGAUCUCGGUAGCACCAUCAGUUUGCAGACCCUCGCUGCAUGGAUGCCUGAAGAGAAUGGACAAACACGUCCUCAUUACAUCCAGCUGCCUCCUCAAACCCCAGAGACUGAGGUGCUGUAUCCUGAAGGAUGUGAAGACCAAAGCAGUCUUGCCGGCAGUGAGUAUCAGGUGAAAAAGUUACCUCAUGGAGUGAGAUGCACUAAAGUGAACACUUGUCCUGAGAAGCAGAGUCCAGACAGCGCCUGCUCUAUGGAGUAUUCCAGCAGUCGCCUGUCCAGCCCCGAACAUCCAGGAGAAGACUCUGAGCCUACCGAGCCGCUGAGUGUAGACGGAAACUCAUCAGAACUGGAUAUGGAGGAUCUGGAUGAGGAAGAGGAAGAGGGUUUAAGGAAGAAUGAUGUUCAGACUCCUGUACCUCAGACCCCAGACCAGGAGGCUUUUCUUAAGAGGCACUUUGCAAACCUGUCAGACCUCAACAACCCUGCAAGUCCAACUAGAGUAACUCCAAAUAUUUCUGACAGCAAGUCUUCAAAGUUCCUCUCUCAGAACUCUCCUAGCAGAACUGCAUUCCCAUUCUCCUCAAACAAAAACAGUGACAUUAAAACCACCAGUGGAGUUGUACGGCCCCUCGUCUCAGAAGUGCGGCCCCUCAUGGAGAAUAAGAGUCCAUUCAAACAGCAGGAAUCCCAGAGCUCUGAGAGGUCAUCGUGUCAGCGUUUAAUCCAGAAGAAACGCACACCUGUGAUGGACUCCCGCAGACUAAUCAGCCCCGUUGCUAAAGCUGCCGCAAAUCACAACAGUUCUGCAGGCAUGAGGAAAGCUCAGUCCAUCCACAACAUCUCCUCGGAAGUUGAUUUGGUUCAGACAUCCACUCGUCCUUCUAAGGAAGUUCAUCCACAGCCCCAAGCCUCUGAAAGACCACGGCGAUCCCUUCCCACCGUCCCGCUCAUCAGCCCCACGUCUGCCCUGCCGAAGGAUAUCACCACCACACCUACCAAGUUAAAAGCGCGAUCCUACAUGAGUCCAACCACUAGCUCCAUGGCCAAGAUCUCCCGCUCUGCUUCCAUGGGCGACAACUUGAAUGUUGUAGAAAUAGGAGAAGACACAGGAUCUUCAGACCGGGGUUCAUGUUCGGACUCUUCCAACUCCCGAAGCUCCUCACAGAGCAAGCCCACCACUCCUGUUACCCAGCAGGUCUCCUGGCCUAAUACUUCAGCCUCUCCAUUUCCAGGCCCCUAUACUCCUCAUGCAGCCGUCGUACCCACGCUGAGUGCUGGCUCUGGAAACUCUUCCUCUAAAGGUUUCCAGGUCAAACUGACUGGCAGUGCUCGACCCCUGCUCCAUAUAGACAUUCCAAAUCCUCUUCCGGAUAAACCCUUCUUAUCUUCCCUCUCGCCAAGCAGCAAGAGCCCCAAGGUUGCACAAAAGGAGCCCUUGAGUAGAAACCCAACGACGACUCCUUCACUUGCUGGAGCAGUUCAGCUUCCCAGCGGCAUCAUUCAGCCAGUCGCAGCUGUUCAUUUGAGCCCAUCUGAAACCCCAGACCAGAUUGAACUCAGUAUGGUCCUUGUUCCCAGUCAGACUAAGAACUUUACAGAUGUUGAACUUCAACCGGAUGCAGAGCCAAGUAAAGAGGACACUUCUGAGGCAGAGUGCUCUCCCAUAAGCCAGAGCAGUCUUCUUCAGUCUACAUCAGGAGCUCAAGACUCAGACACAUCUCUCAGCGUGGACGCUUGCAGACUGGUUGCCAGUGAAUUGCAGAGCAGUUUUAAAAGAGCCUCCCACCUCUACAAAAUGCUAAGCAUUUCCACCGACUCCAGCGAGGAGCAGCAGGAAAUGUCUCGAGUGUUGUCUGAAGCGUUCGAGGCCAUGAGGGACGAGCUGAAUUGCCUGCCCCCAUACACUCCUCCUCCGCCGAAAUCGCCCAGUGCUAAUGCUGUGCACACUUUAGCUAACAGCGACCCAACACUGGGUGACGACAGGACACUAGCCCUUCUGGAGCAGUACUCCAAACUGCUGCUCAGCGCCGUAGAGAAGAGGAUGGACAACAAAAUCUGACCACUCCAUAUGGAUAACAGGAUACCAAGCCAUUUUAGAUAGCGAGGAGCUUUUAAUAAAGAGAUUGGAAAGAAAUGCCACUAUCCUACCUCCCUGUUUAGCAUGCUACUAUGGCAGCAACACACUCACUUUUCUCACCUCUUCGCUGAAUUUCCCGCCCUGCUACUAGAAACGUAUUUGUUCAUGGUGACCUAGACGUCAUCGAGGAAAAUAAUUGGAUAUGUCCAGGUACAGAUAAACGGAGGCCAUUAUCUUAAAGACGUUUUAUAUACAUGCGAUAUUUUGACGCUAAAAGCAAACAGUAGUUGAGAGAAAUGUCCAACAAACUUAAUCUAUUUGAACACUGGGUUUGAUAUUUUAAGACAACGAUCAGCGCUCUCUUUCGAAGGGACAGGUAUCCCUAGAAGUCUUAUCAAGGUUUGUCACACUUUAACUUUUAUUAUGGAAUGAUUUUUUAUAUAUAUUGUAUGUUGUGUUUGUGUUGAUACUCUCAAGUUGAAUUGGGACGUCGGGGGUGUGUAUUUAUUCUCAUCUGAUAGGUCAAUGAGUCGCACAGAAGCUCUUUAAAGCGUGUUUGUUGUACAGUGUCAAUCUUCUGAUUCCCAGUAGUUUUGAUCGGGUGAAAAAUCUGGGAGACUUUUUGAAGGAUGAAUUGGUAUCGCUUUUAUUUGCAGGACAUUUUCUUUUUGUAUGUACUUGAAUGGUAACUGUCUCAUGGAUACGGGUGCCUUAAUCAUGACCAGCAAUUUGACUGAAGGAAUAAAUCUGGCGUUUGUAAUUCAAGCAAGCUAUAGAAUCAAAA